AUGCGCCUGCUUAUAUUUGGAUUGUGCUUAGUAGUUGUAGUAUCAGGGGCUGAUGUCAGCGAUUGGAAAACCGGUGAAGUGACCGGCGAAGUCGUUGAAGGAAGAAAAGACUUUCCAUGCUACUCAUUGUCACGAGACAAUUAUACCUGUAGCGCUUGCAUCCAACUGCACGACUCUUGCGCUUGGUGUGGAGCACCUCUGUUCGAUGCAAAGAAGCAGUACGCCAGGUGUGACAAUCGUGCACGACUACUGGAGCACGGCUGUCCUAAUUCUUUCAUUGAGGACCCACAAACGGUUCUCGAAGUGGAAAGGGAUGAUCCCCUUUCUGAUAAAGGAAAGGUGGAAAACGAAGAUGAUGCCGUUCAGCUGAAGCCGCAAGAAAUGUUUGUUGAGAUACGACCAAAGUCACGUGUUCGCUUUAACGUCACUUAUCGCCAAGCUGUUGAUUAUCCUGUUGAUCUCUAUUAUCUUAUGGAUUUAUCAUACUCAAUGAAAGAUGACAAACAGAAACUUUCUGAACUUGGCGAUUUGCUUGCUGUUCGCAUGCGGAAUAUUACUAAGAAUUUCCGCCUUGGAUUUGGUUCAUUCAUCGACAAGAAACUUAUGCCGUUUAUUGACCCGCGGAUUGAAAAGCAAAAGUCCCCCUGUGCAGAGCCAUGUGCAGAACCUUACGGUUUUAAGCAUCAGAUGACUUUGACCACUAAUACAGAAAAAUUCAAGGCUGAAGUUGACAAAGCAGAAAUUUCUGGUAACCUUGACGCACCCGAAGGAGGAUUCGAUGCCGUAGUGCAGGCUUUGGCGUGUAAUCAUAAAAUCGGAUGGAGAGAGCGUGCUCGUAAAAUGCUUGUCUUCUCGACAGACGCUGGAUUUCAUUUUGCUGGUGAUGGCCGGCUUGCCGGAGUGGUGGAGCCGAAUGAUGGAGAGUGUCAUCUCGAUCGACAAGGUUACUACACGGAAACUCUUAAACAGGACUAUCCCUCCAUUGCUUUACUUCAUCAAAUGAUCAAGGAACGUAAAGCAAAUAUUAUUUUCGCCGUUACGAAAGGAAAUCACCAGUUAUAUUCUCAGCUCUCGGAGUCGCUACCAGAUGUGUCAUCUUCAGUAGGUAUACUGGAGACUGAUUCUCGCAAUAUUGUUGACCUCAUUGAGAAAGAAUACUUGAAGAUU